GGUGGGAUGUACAGAUCUUCCGUCUUCUUCCUUGAGAUCACAGCAUCCUUUCUAGAGUCCAAUUCGGUACCCAUGGGCGGAUACAGCCAUGGCCAGAAGAGACAUUUUCACCGGCGGUUACUAGCCACCCACACAGACUUGCGCUGAUGUGGCCUAACCUACGUACGCGCCGGGGGGCGGGGCCAGCCCCGCUGUGGUCCCCGGGUUUCCUAGGAAGGAGCAGGCGCGCCGGUGCCUUAGGGUGCGGGGGCACCCCGGCUAUGGCCGAGAAGCGGGACCGGGAUGAGUCGGCUCCCGGCCCGUCCGUGCUGUUUCUGCACCCAGACCUGGGCGUGGGCGGCGCCGAGCGCCUGGUGCUGGACGCGGCGCUGGCCCUGCAGGCGCGCGGGUGCAGCGUGACGAUCUGGACCGCGCACUACGACCCGGGCCACUGCUUCGCCGAGAGCCGCGAGCUGCCGGUGCGCUGCGCGGGGGACUGGCUGCCGCGCAGCCUGGGCUGGGGCGGCCGCGGCGCCGCGCUCUGCGCCUACGUGCGCAUGGUCUUCCUGGCGCUCUACGUGCUGUUCCUCGGCGACGAGGAGUUCGACGUGGUCGUGUGCGACCAGGUGUCUGCCUGUAUCCCAGUGUUCAAGCUGGCCAGACGGCGUAAGAAGAUCUUGUUUUAUUGUCACUUCCCAGAUAUGCUUCUCACCAAGAGGGAUUCUUUUCUUAAACGUCUGUACAGGGCCCCGAUUGACUGGGUAGAAGAAUACACCACAGGUAUGGCUGACUGCAUCUUGGUCAACAGUCAGUUCACAGCUGCCAUAUUUAAGAAAACGUUUAAGUCCCUGUCUCACAUGGACCCCGCUGUCCUCUACCCAUCUCUGAAUGUUACCAGCUUCGACUCAGCGGUCCCUGAAAAGCUUAACGAUCUAGUCCCCAAGGGAAAGAAAUUCCUGUUCCUCUCCAUCAACAGAUAUGAAAGGAAGAAAAAUCUGACCCUGGCGCUGGAAGCCCUUGUAGAGCUGCGUGGGAGACUGACAUCCCAAGACUGGGACAAGGUCCAUCUGAUUAUGGCGGGUGGUUACGACGAGAGAGUCGUGGAGAAUGUGGAACACUAUCAGGAGCUCAAGAAAAUGGCCCAGCAGUUUGACCUCGACCAGUCUGUGACCUUCCUGCGGUCUUUCUCGGACAAACAGAAAAUCUCACUCCUCCACGGCUGCACCUGCGUGAUUUACACCCCGAGCAAUGAGCACUUUGGCAUCGUCCCCGUGGAGGCCAUGUACAUGCAGUGCCCCGUCGUUGCUGUUCAUUCCGGUGGGCCCUUGGAGUCCAUUGUCCACAGCGUCACGGGGUUUCUGUGUGAGCCUGACCCCGUGCACUUCUCAGAAGCCAUGGAGAAGUUCAUCCAGGAACCUUCCUUAAAGGUCACCAUGGGGCUGGCUGGCAGAGCCAGGGUGAAGGAAAAGUUUUCCUCAGAAGCAUUUACAGAACAGCUUUACCAAUAUGUCACCAAAUUGCUGGUAUAAUCAGACAUACUAAAGGUCUUCUUGCUACGUUCGUUAAUAUGUGAUAGGAUGUAGAUCCAGUUUUGGAACCAUAAAAGAAACCUAGAAUCUAAUACCAAAGAGUUGUUGUUUUUUUGACACAUUUGAUUUUUUAAUCUGAGCCACCUUCCUAUACAUCACACCUUCCUGUUUCAUAAAACAAUAUCUCUUAUGCCAUAAUAAUUCUGUCUUAACAGUGUUAAUUAAAAUGUGAUACAAUUCCAUGUGUUAAUUAUAUUUUCUCUAGAUUAUUGCUGCUCUAAGUAUAAACUUUGAGUCAUAUUGUGCCUUAAUUGUUUUUGACAGUUUGUGUAUCAUCGUCAAAGUUGAAGAAUUUGGCUUCAUAACAUAUUGAGAACAGGGUCACUCUGGUCCCCAGAAUCGGUGCACCUGUUCCCUGUCCUCUUGGGAAAUGUUGGUUAGUCAUAACUUUGCCGGGUUCCAUAGCAAGGAUGCUCUGUAUGUUUUGUACAAAACAUAUUCUUGCACACUGAGACAAGUUAAUAAAAUAUAUUUAUCAUAGGAAGACAGUACAAUAUUAAAUUUUGGCUCCUGUGGUCCAUAUGUAGAUACUACAGCCAAGCCUGAAGUCAGAAACUAAGAGUAAACUGGUUGUUGAAAAAGGAUUGUUGUCACACAUGUAGUGCUUAGGGUUUAUUUCUUAAUGCCAACUGAUUCAUCAGCUCUGUUAAUAUUCGUGUCGUAUUAAGUAAGAUGCUCCUAAGUAUAAGGCACAAUGCUUUUUACCCUUCAUGGCUUGCCUCGUGCCAAUGCUAUGGAGCUUACCUUGACCCUCCACCCAGCUCCCAGAGUGGAAGUGAUCUUGCCCAAGAGCACACAACUGAAAAGUUAGUAAGCCAGGAUUCAGCCCAUGGGUACCCGAUCCAUCCAGGACUGCACGUACCAGAAUCACUUACUGCACCCCUUUAAUACCGUAAAGGUCCUUUAAUAGUUUAUGAAAUUAAAAAUUCAGUAUUCUGAGUCAUAUCAAAGUGAGGGGACAAGAUGCUUUUCGGUCUUCAAAUUAAUCCUCUGGCCCUAAAAGAUCUAGUGCCCGCUCCCACUGCUUUAUCCCAGUCCUUUGAAAAUCACUGCAUGAGGCCAUGUUGCCUGCCCUCCCUUUAGCAGACAUUGGUUCUUUCAAAGUCCUAGUAGAGUUACCAACAUCAUUUUCUUGCAUGAAGCAGAAAUUCAAGCUUAACUUGCGUAUUUGAAAGAAUCCAAGCCAGAAAAUACAGUCAUGCUCUAGCUCUCUAUCCUUAACAAGAGGACUGGGGAUUGGGUGGGGCCCACAGUAAGGGUCACCUGGCCUUGUUACCCAGAAAUAUGGCCACUAGCAAAUGCUAAAAUAUCUUGCAGGAAGCACUGUCCUAGGCCAGAUGUCAUUUAAGACAAAUAGAGUCUAGAAAAGGUGUGUGUGUGUGUGCGCGCGCGUGUGCGUGUGUGUGUUUCGAGGUUUUAUAGGGGCACAAGUGUAGCACAGGUGUGACCUCUGUGGCCUGCCACUCCCCCAAGAAGUCAUCAGACAGAACAGACUGCUAUGUUGAUGAGCUCAUGUUGGCUUUUGGUUUUCUGUGUUACUUGCCUAGAAUUCCAGUUUUUGAGAAGGUGUCCUGAUGGUGAUAAUCCUAACAUGUAGAUGUCCUAAUCUGUUAAAUGGGUAUAAUAUGGUCUAAGGAGCCCACCCCACAGGGUGUUUGUGAAGAAAAGACAAAUGAAGAGUGCAGGAGGGGCACCGAAUCAGUAUAUGAACGAUGGAGACAAAGGGUAUGAAACUUGUGAGAGAUGAAGGCAGCCUUCCACAGGCCUGGAUGAAUUGCCCCCGUCUGUUGCCACCCCAGCGAGGGAAAGUCACAGUAAUGAUACAAACAACCUCAGUAAGGUGUAUUUCCCUCUCAAUGCUUAACUCAGUAUCAGGAGUUUUCCGACCUCUCAAGACAGUGGGACUGAAGUAAAGAUAAACAAAGAGACCCAGCCAAUGGAAGAGUCCUAAAAUAGAUCUGCACAUAAGUAGUCAAUUGAUUAUUGCCAAAGGUACUGAGGUAAUUGAAUAGGGAAAAGAGAAUCUUUUCAAGAAAUAAUGGUGGCAUAAACACAGUGUGGUAUAUUCAUACAAUGGAACACUGCAAUAAAAGAAUUAACUACUGACAAGCACAGUGACAUGGAUGAAUCUCAAAAGUACUGAGUGACAGAAAC